AUGGCGUUAGCCUUUCGUGAAGAGCUGCUAGAGGGGUACACUGACUUGGAACUGGCUCAUCACAUUGUAUCCUCACCGUCCUGCGCGCCUACGUCGCGGGUAUUCAACCUUUCCUCGAAUCUCAUAGCCAAGCAAUAUGAGCCUUCAGAGAUCGAAGAUGCUUUGAAGGCUAUCGAAAUUGCCAGCCAGCUUGGGAUCUGCGGUCCAUCCGUGCGAAAGACAAUUAAGAACAAAGAGAAUGCUUACACUACCAUUGAUCGGGCUGAGGGAACUACGUUGGACGUCGCCUGGAAGGAACUGGCCUGGUUCACGACAGUUGUGCUUGGUCUGCAGCUUCGCCGCUUCGUGAAGAUCCUCACGUCUGUUACCUCACCGACUGCCGGAUCGCUUGCGACAGGCGAAUGCAGGUCUUUCUGGCUAGACGAUCGCAACGGUCUUCCGGCGAAUUCUGGCCCUGCCGAAAUUGCCCACUUCUUUCGAUUCUGGGCGAAUUUUACGUCUAUGCGGCGAGCGAUGCAAGUCCCAAAGCAACCUCAAGUACCAGAUCCACCGGAUUUCACCGUGGAGGUGCCACUGACCAUCGAACCAUUUGUCUUGACUCAUCAUGAUCUCACGCCACGCAACCUUCUAGUUUCGCCUUCUGGUCGGCUUUCGCUCCUCGACUGGGAUUUGGCUGGUUUUUAUCCUGUGACUUUUGAGUACGCAUCCAUGUACAAUUUCAACAUUCCGCAGGACUGGUGUUUGAUGGCCCGUUUACGGUGGCAUCUAUUUGCCUGGAUCGGGGUCGGCUAUCAUGAAGCUGACGCUCGCCUGCUACGAAAUAUGCGUUCUAAAUUCACGCAAUUCGCCAUCGGAAGGAGAUACGAACUGCUGGAAAAAGGAGGCUCAAGAUACCCCGUGAAUUUAUUUUUGGUGAACUCCGCGCAACUUAUUUAG